AUGGCUUCAUUCUUUUCGUCGAAUUACAGGCAAUACAAGAAGGACACAGAAUACAUCGCGGGAUGGCUAGCAGCAACCGCCGAAAAAGUGGGCUACCAGCGCAGUAGCUGUCUAGCUCCUCCACAGUCAACUCCGCAGCCAGCUAAACGACUCAAGGGCAAGGCGAGGAAAGAAGCCCAAAAAGCUGCUGCUGCCUCCGCGAAUACCCCUGCGGAUACCUAUCGCAUCAAUGUUGGAGAGUUUGUGCCCAUGGCAGAAGCCAUUGCGAAGAAAGUCCCCAAGGUCGAGGUCCCUGGAGCGCUCAGCAAACUGUUCGAUCGUGCCAUCCAGGCUCGAGAAAAAGCGGCAACUUGGUUCAAACAAUCGCAUAGCGACACGGUCCUAGACGAGAGCAAUCAGACCCAUGCUCACUUCGUCGAAAUUCUUAGAAAUGCUGCUGACAUCCUUCAGCCGCUGGUUAAGGAGUCUAUGCCUCGUGCUCAAAGGAAGGAGCCAAGUCAAAAGUCCGACGUUGACUCCCUGCGAGAGAUGAAGAAUACUUUCUCCAGUCUCUCGGUUGACCCUGAAAACGCUGCUGAAGAGGCUGAGCCUGAGGAUGAGCUUGGGGAGGAGCCUGCCCCCAGACCAGAUGACUCGAUGGAAUCGCUACCUCCUGUGAACCCUGUUGAAAUCCAGCAAGACGAGUCGGAAAUCGAAUCCGAGUUCUUCUUCGCUAUCCAGUCGUUCAUUACCAACAUACAUGAGCUCCGCGACAUUGUUCAAGAAGUCUGGUUUUCAUACAAGGACGGCAAUGUCGACUUGGUGAACGCUUCUGUCAUCGCGAACACAGCUAUCGACUUGGUGCGGCACGCUGAGUCUGAAUUUGAUUUAACGCUUGUACGCCCAAAGAAGUACCCUCAGAAAAAUUAUCCCGUAUGGGUACUACCAGCUCUUUUGUUGAUCAGUCAGCAUCCGGACAUCAUCGACCCAUCCGAUUUUAUGGACUUCCUGUUUCCCAGUGGCCUUAUGAUGCCUGGCUCUCAUGCGUGCUCACAAGUUUACUGGUGUAUGUGGCCAGUUUACGCCGGCCUAAAAUACUACCUGGAGGCGAUUAGGAUUUCGAAGAAGCCUAAAACAGAUAUUCCCAUCGUUGCGAAAUCUGCUUUUAAUCCAGUCGGUGGCGUCCACAAAGACACCUACCGCACGCUUGAACUGGCCCGGAUGUUCCGACACACUACUUCGCGCCAUGGCGAGACAAUAGCCAUGGACGAAGUAUCUCGCGGUAUGGCGCAUAUGUUCAAACAUCGCCAGAUCCCUAUUUGGACUACUUUCGGAAUACAAAUACUGCUCGACAUACAAGAUAUUCUAACUAAAGACCAUCUGCACGAUCCGUUCGAUGAGCUAAAUGUACGCGUAGAUCGGGAGGUGGCCAUGAAAGAGGCGCUGGAGCGUAGCUGGAUACAACCCUUCCCGACUGAAGGACAUGCAGCGGAUAUUCGAAAAGACAUGGCCACAGACCUUACCUAUACCAAAGCAGUCGCAGAUGACCCAUGCGAAACCCUGAAGCCCAAUCCGAUCCGAUGUGGACUCUUGAUGUACGACGCUUAUUUGCAACUCAACACAUCAGGUUAUCAGCUAGAACGCGCGUUGGGUCAGAUUUGCAUGAUGACACACUUAUACGUUGCUACCAAGCUAUUGCAUCCUGAAAGCCCUGUAUGGCCGGAUAUGGAGUAUCUCAUCCACCAGCAAGACGAAGCGAGGCUUUUCUUCGGUGGUGCCCCCCAGACCCUCGGCGAGUCCCUUCGCAAGGUCUAUCUAAUGGUAGGGCGAACUGCCUCUGAUGCAGCCCGUGAGCCACGAGGCAAGAAGACCUCCAAAACGCUGAAGGAAAUGCGGAAGCUAAGGGACGGCCGUUGGUUACAAGAACCCAGUAUCCUGGCUCCGAUCUUCCUGGAGCGAAGUUUUGGAUGGGCCACUACCGACGCAGCUGUUGACGAUAAAGUCAGACAACUCAACAACACCCUUCGAUCGGAAACAGAGCUGGUCCGCCUAGCCAAAAAGUUCAACAGAGAGCGCGACAUGGUAUGGUGGACACUAGCAAGCCAACGCUGGCGCCCAUACAUUGAAGAGCACUCCGCAAAUGACAACGGCCCUACCGCCCUCCUCCGCGACCUUAUUUACUGGCUUGAAGGCGAUGCCAUGGACCUCUACUUCAGCUGGCAAGCUCUGCAAGACCAAUGCGCAAAAGUUUGGCACCACCUCGAACGCUCCCUCUUUACAGACCCCUCCUGGGACAACAAAUGGAGCCAAGAUCCGCGGAUGGGUAUCUAUAUCCUGGAAGGCGCCGCCGCCGACGAGGAGCACUGGGGCUGCAUAGCAAAAGACGACAAAGCCUUUGCAUCUCCUUUGCGAAAAGCACACGACGCGAUCCAAAAGGUCAUCUUCGAAGUCCAACAAGAACCCCAAACCGCCCUCGGUAUCUUCGACAGAGACCCAAGAACAAGUGCUGACAUCACAACUCGCGGCGGCGACGUCUGCCUCGCACGCCUUGCAAAAGAAAACAAAGACUUCACCCUCUCCAUCGGAAGCGGAACCCACUACGAUCCCCUCGACCUCUACAAGAACUGGCCCCCGGAAAAGUUCCUAUUCUCACACGUCGCCCAAUGCAUUCUCAACUUCGGCCGUGAUAUCAAGGAAGCAGAAGAAAAGAAGGAGGCGGAAGGCAAGCGUGUUUACGAUCCUGAAGAUGGUAAGUAUUAUCGGAUUCAGGAUCACACUUUGGUAUCGGAUGACGAGGACGAUGAUCCUUGUGCUGAUUGUCCAAGGUGUAAGAGGAGGAAGUUUUUGGGGCAUCGGUAUCCGACUUAUGCGGGGCAUCAUGGGGAGGUGGAUCGGGAGUUGUGGGAUGAGGAUAGUGAGCGGUCCACGGAUAGUGAGGAGGAGGGGGCGUAG